UUAGUUUUGGGACGAGAAAAAUGCUUGUUUGUGUUCUUCGAACACGCUAUGUACCUCAAUUUCCCUAAAACCCUAAACCCUACUACCCCAUCGGACAGCCGUAACCCCCCAAUUCCCCCCAAUUCCAAAUCCAAAUCCCUAAUUUCCCCGAAUUCCAAAAAUGGACCAUUCCCAGUCCCACCCGAAUCCAAAACAAAGCAACCCGUCACCGCCGCAACCACCACCUCUCCACGCAGACGUAGAAGGCGACGACGACAAUGUAAAACAGCUCAACCAAUGCUCUGUUCUCUACCUCUCCUUACAGGAUUGCCUUGUUAAGACCGACAGGAAUUGGAAAUCUUGUCAACCAGAAGUUCAGGCCUUGAAGGCAUGCAACGAGAGGAGGAAGAAAUGACAGAGGAAAGUGGGAUCAUAGCAAAAGAUGAGCUGCAAUCGAGAUUUCACAAUUUGUAUCAACUUUUGACUGGAUUUAUAUAUGAAAUUGUUACCAUUUCUUGAU